UUCCGCUCGACUCAUCGUCAGUCGAUUUCCGUAUCGCGAACAAGUUACCUCAUCGAAAGUUCUCAAAUAUUUAUAAUAAAAAUUCAUAAAACUCCAGUUUAAUUAACUGAGAAACUGAUCGUGAAACAGUUAUACAGUUGCCAUCUUAAAUAGAAAAUAAAAUAGAAUUCUUAUUUUAAAUGAUUGCUAAUACGAACCAGUGAUAAUUGUUAAGGAGCAAUAAACAUUGUAAUAAAAAUUAAUAAUUUUAUACGUUAUAAGUAACUAAAUCUACUCCAAAAAAUGAUUGCGAGUCUGCACAAUGUGUAAAUGAAAAAUAAAAUAUUAUUUUGGAAGUUUUGAAAAUUUCAAUUAGUGAUAAUUAAUAAGGAAUAGCAAACAUUGUAAGGAAAUCAAAUUUUCUAGAAAAAUGAUGAAAAAUGAUCGUAAAUUGAAUUUACUUGUAAUAUAAGCAACGUUGCCUUCAGUUUUUAUCAAGCCGAUGAUUAUCGUUGAUAAUGACACCUCUUCGAUCGUAUAAUACGUUCGAAUGAAAAAGCAGCGAGCAAGAAAAGCGUCGCGAAAAAAAGCGAAUAGCUUCUUGAGAACGGGCGUCGCGACGCUCUCUCGUUGGAACGAUGUGAAAACGAAAGGAAUUUUUUCGAUGCAGCCCACUUUUUGCACUCAAUAUAAAUUAUCGUGUCCCGUUAAUUUUGUUAUCGGAGACAAAGCGGAAAAACGGAUAGAUACGAGAAGAAUCUGACUGAGAAUUUAUUUCCUUUACCAUUGAAAAUUCUAUUCGAAUUCAAAGAUGGAUCCGCAUGAACCGACGGGAGAAAAAGAUUUUCAAUGAAAUUGUUUUUUCAAAGCUGUGAGUUCAACAUUAAAAAUUUGAUAAGUGUGUUGUGAUUAGUUUUGAAUGGAAAAAUUGAUUAAAAAUGAAGAAAAUGAGUGGAUGCUUUUGAAAACUAAGCAAAUAAUGGAUGUAGAAGAAUUAACGGGUUAUUAAACUGUGUUUUUUGAAAAGUACUGAUGUUGUUGAGUGUUCAAUUUUCUUACAAUAGUGAUACGAUUUUAGAGGAAACUGAAACUGAUCAGCAACCUACAGUGAAAAGGACAAUGAUUAGAAAAUCGAAAUCAAAGUAACCGAGAAAAUGACAGCGUACCACAAAUCACCAGCAGACAUUCCGUGGAUGUUAUUACCAGCCUGCGACAAUUUGACCGACUUCGUGGGUCAUUCCCGUGGCCUUGACUUAGCUCUUGACCUGCGACCAGAGCGCAACAUCAGCGAACUCGACCACCUGUUCCACUUGGAGACUUUGAACAACCUAACAUGUCUGGAACACGCGCCUCAACUAACCAGCGGCACUUUUCUCAAAGUGAUCGUAUUAUCUGUCAUGGCGUGCCUAAGUUUCAUAGGAAAUGUAGCAACCAUCUGGUCGAUCGCGAAGAACCGUCGAAGACAGCACAGUUGUUCUGCGAUCUACACCUUGAUCCUCCAUCUAGCUGUGGCUGAUUUAUUGGUCACGGUGUUCUGUAUCGGUGGAGAAGCUAUGUGGAGCUAUAGCGUUGCAUGGAUAUGGGGAAACGUGGCGUGUAAGAUGUUCAAAUUCUUACAGGUGUUCAGUUUGUACCUGAGCACUUUUAUUCUAGUGCUUAUCGGAGUGGACAGGUUUAUAGCUGUUAGGUUUCCUAUUAAAGGACUGAAUACCGCUCAUAGGUGUCUAAGACUAGUCGCUGUUUGCUGGGUAUUGUCAUUCAUCUUGGCUACUCCUCAGGUUAUUAUAUUCCACGUUGCUCGAGGACCAUUCAUUGAAGAAUUCACACAAUGCGUGACCCAUGGUUUCUACACAAAAGCGUGGCAGGAACAGCUCUACGUAUCCCUAAGUUUAUUCUUCAUGUUCCUUCUUCCACUAGCCAUUCUCAUCACCACCUACGUUUCUACUGUAAUCACAAUUUCUCGAAGCGAAAGAAUGUUCAAACUUGAGUUAACCAACAACAAUUUAUAUCACGUGAAUAGAAACAUAAAUAUAAAUCGAAGAAAAUUAAUGCACCGAGCAAAAGUGAAAUCAUUGAGGAUCAGCGUGGUGAUUGUGGCAGCUUUUGUGCUUUGGUGGACACCGUACUAUACGAUGAUGAUAAUACUUAUGUUCCUUAAUCCUGACAAACGCCUCAGCGAAGAAUUACAAAGCGGAAUAUUCUUCUUUGGUAUGAGCAACAGUUUGGUGAAUCCUUUGAUAUACGGCGCAUUUCAUCUCUGGCCACCAAGAAAGCGUCAGAGUUCUUUUCACAGAGAUUUAUCAACAACGCAACGCCGAAUUACACCGACGAUCAACAACGAGAAUGGCUGUAGACGAGAAUCACGUGAAACGCGAAUACCAAUUCUUUCCAAAAGUAAUUCAAAUACUGGUAUCUGAGAAGAUCUACGAAUACGCAGGGUGUCUCAUACAACGGGGGCAAGCUAUAGCUUUGUCAAUAUUAUAAUUCUUAUUAUUAUAUUAUAGUAAAAUAUUGUACUACAAUUGUUUCAUUAAUAAACUGUGAAACAUGUUAACUACA